AUGUUCCGUUUGAAUGCUCUAAAGACUAUAACAAGAUCCAUGAAUGUAGUGGCUAAACGUUCAUAUGCAGAGGCAGCCACAUCAAAUGUGCUAAAAUUGCAAUUUGCGCUACCUCACGAAACGCUAUUUGCUGGAUCACAAGUGACACAGGUGAAUUUACCAGUACAAAGUGGUCGUAUCGGUGUCCUAGCGGACCAUGUUCCAACUGUUGAACAACUUUCUUCCGGUGUGGUUGAAGUCUUCGAAGGAACAUCUAGCAAGAAAUACUAUGUUUCCGGCGGUUUCGCUGCUGUUCAACCGGACUCUACUUUGUGUAUCACUUCCGUUGAGGCAUUUCCAUUGGAGAGCUUUUCACAAGAAAACGUCAAGUCUCUGUUAAGCGAAGCCAACAAAAACAUCAACUCUUCGGAUGAGAAAGUUGCGGCUGAAGCGGCUAUUCAAGUUGAGGUCUUGGAAUCCUUACAAGCUGCUCUCAAAUAA